AUGGCUCAAACCACAAUGCGCCGUUUUUGUCAUCUUCAAAGAUUACUCGCUCGAUCGCCUCCUGACACGACGAAUCUUGGAAAAAGUCAAAGAAACAUUGGUCCGGCCUUUGAGGUGGACGAUCUUACAUACGACCAUCUCUUCGAUUAUUAUCAUGCUCAGGAUGAUCAGUGGAUUAACUUCAGGAAGCAAGAAGUCCCCCAACAACAUCAUGAACCUUUGGAAAAGCUAGCAAUGGUGCAGGCAUUAUCAGAAGUUGAAGAUGAAGUGCUGAAUCCGGUCUUCAAAAAGUUAGGAAUCACCCGCGUUGUUGAAGGAUUGCACAGGAGAAUCAUUCCGGUUAAUUUGAUAGUCUCACCAUUGGCUCAUAGAAGACUACCAGCUUGGACCAUGGGUCUGAAUAGCCCUAGCUUACUUGUUAUGACGUUGACUUCUGGAGAACAACACAUAAACCCCGGAAAUACUCAGGACAUGGAAGAAUUUUACGCUUCUCAAAUAGCUGAAGAGAACAUGGCAAUGGACAUUGACACUGAUCCGACCAUGAUAUGA